AUGGCCGUAGCUAUGACAAGUAUUCUGACAGGUGCGGUCACGGUAAUGAGCUCCUUCGCGGCGAGCGAUUUGGGAAUGUCUAAUGCAGAGACUACAUGGAUGGCUGCAUCAACUUCGUUAACGGCUGGCGCCUUCCUCCUCUUCUUCGGUAGCAUAGCGGACCUGUUCGGUCGAAAAUACAUGUUUAUAGGCUCCAUGCUUUUGUUCGCCGCCUUCAGUCUUGGUGCCGGAUUCUCGCAGUCUGGAAUGACACUCGACAUUCUUUGCGGUGUCUUGGGAGUCUUCUCAGCGGCCGCUGUCCCUCCGGCUCAAGGCAUGCUUGGCAUCAUCUAUGCGAAACCUGGUCCUCGCAAGAAUAGAGCGUUUGGCUGCUUCUCAUCUGGUAACCCGCUCGGCUUCGUCAUUGGAGCGAUUCUAGGAGGUGUGUUCACGCAGGUCUUCAAUUGGAGAGCUCCGUUGUAUAUGCUGGCCAUUGUGUAUCUUGUUAUCAGCAUUGUAGCCUUCUUCACCUUACCCGAGGAUACCACUGUCAAGCGGAAGCUGGAUCAGGAGACUGUCAAGAGACUGGAUAUACCUGGGACGCUGCUGACAAUUGUGGGCAUUGGAAUGUUUUGUGCGGCUUUGAGUCUUGGAGGCGACGCUACUAAUGGAUUCAAGACGCCCUACGUGCUUGUCAUGUUGAUCCUAGGCGCUCUACUGAUAGCUGCCUUUAUCGUCUGGGAGAUCAAAUAUCCGUAUGCUCUCAUUGACAUGAGUAUCUGGAAGGAUAGGGACUUCUCUUUACUGAUUACAAUUCUCUGCUUUGGGUUUCUCGGAUUUCCGAUUUUUACAUUCUAUUUGGCGCUCUACUUCCAGACUGUGCUCAAGUACUCUUCGCUCAUGGUCGGUGUACACUUACUACCCAUGGUCAUAUUCGGUAUUCUGGCAAAUAUUGUCGCGGCCCUUCUUCAACACAAAGUCUCGAACAAACUACUUAUGGGCAUUGGUGCUGUUGCCUAUGUAAUCUCUUUCACGCUGGGCGCGGUACAAAGAGAGGGCGACUCGUACUGGGCGUUCUCGUUUCCUGCGCUGUGCUUGUGUGUUAUUGGAGCGGAUUUCCAGUUUGUCGUCGGGAACAUGUAUGUGCUGUCCGCGAUGCCCGCCGAUAAGCAGUCCAUUGCAGGUUCACUCUUCCAAACUCUUACGCGUCUCUGCUCUGCAGUUGGCUUUGGCGUUGCGACCGCUAUCUUCGAUGCUGUGGAGAAGAAGCCCUCCGCCUCUGGUUACUAUGCAAACAAUGCCAUUGAGCCUUUUGCAGGAGUCAUGUGGUUCGCGGCAGGCGUUGCGUUUAUAGGCACUCUGUUCGUCCCUUUUCUGAGAAUUGGUACUCAAGGGCACAAGGGAGAUGCCAAACAAUCGGAAGGUGACGAGCGUGGGCUGGACAUGGAUCAUGAACCCGUUGCAAUUGCCGCUGUGGGCGAGAACAAUAAACCAAAGGCCGAUGAGGGGGAAGCGUUUAGCGUUAAAGGUUCAUAG